GACCGUGUUGGACGGCUGGCACUCCAUCGAAACGCCUCGCCUCCUAUCACAUUUUUCAAUUUCCUCGUGCCCUCGCACGUUGAUUCAUCUCACUUACUACCACACUACUACCAUGUCACUGGAACCUCUACCAGUAUUCGCUGCUCGCUCUGUCGACGAUCUCGAACCCAUUGACCCGGAGAUCCUGAGCUUGAUCGCAGCCGAUGAUGUCGACACCCCAAUGAUGAAGGUCGAGACUUGCAAUGAAAAGUUCGUUGACGAAUUCACCCCGUUGAAUCCGACGUCUACACCGACGGCAGUGGACGCUUUCAACCCUGGAUUCUCCAAACGUGAGGUGCAGGAUCUCAUGAACCUCCUGGCACCGGAAGCUCUAAAGAUCCCAACGAUGGUCCGGAGUUACUCGGAGCCGAUCAAGAAGCUCGGCAAACGCACCAAGAAGUGCACUUACGCUGCUCGAAGGAGAGAGGUGGCAUUUCUCCGACAGGAGUCCUUGGUGCUUGAGAAGCGUCUGAAUGAGCUGCGUAAAUACCGCGUUGUGUCUCCCAAGACCCGUGAACACGCUGCUCGCGAAACGUACGAACUGGCAAAGUCCAAGGAGGAAAAUAAGCGUCUUCGUGCCUUGGUGUCGAGCCAAGAAGCCAAGAUCCGCCAAGCUGACGCGUACAUGGCCAGCACCCACCACCAACCUGUCUCGUCCCCUUAGAUUGCUUGGUGCGGGUGCAAUCACCUACCAAGGUAGUGCACCUGCCAUAGCUGAUCUAUCCUCGUGUCUACUUUGUUAUAGUCUGUUGAGUGCCGUGUCUAAUGUUUAUAAGAUUUCCGAUGAUCAUAUCAUAAACUGGU